AUGGCUGUCCAACAUCAUUUCCAUCUCCAACACUUUGACAAGUGGUGGCAUGAUUCAAGUCCUGCUCAUUUAAACUUAUCUGUCAUUCCUAGUUAUCAUCUUGGAAAAUUCAUACCAGACACCAGAACCUAUGAGCUAUUCCACAGACAUGAACUUAUUGUCAUGAUCCCUGCUUAUUACAAGAAUGGCCUCAGAUUUCUCAAUCACAUCAUCAUUUGUCUACAAGAACUGCUGCAGCACCUAGGGCCUUCAUCUCAUUGGGACAUCUUACAGCUCAAAUAUGAGGCUUUUGAAAGGGAACUCUUGGUGCUCAGCAAAAUAAGGGAGGAGUUCAUUCAGGAGGUCCAGAAUGAAUUUAGGUUUCACCAGCCUGGAGUAAAGAAUAUACAGUGGAUGUCACCUGUUUUGAACUCUUUUCUGGCCUACAUGUAUUAUUGUGGAUCUGUAAAUCCUCAACACAAACCUCAUAUGAUGAAUGUGCCCCUGGAUGAUCCUCAGACAUAUAAUUGGCAUAGUUGGGCAAAUAAUCAAGAGAUUCCUGGAUUAUGGGGAAGACUUCCAGAGCAACCUGCAGAAUAUCAGACUGCCAUAUUUGAAGCCAUAAAUGCUAAAAUUGCACUGGAGCCUAACAUGGAGUCUUCUGGGUCUUGCUCUGAAAUGUGGUGCAAAGGCAUCAUUAAUAUGAUGGUUCAGACCAAACAGAAAAUCCAAGACAAAAGUUCUGCAGAUAAGUCUGUACUGGAGGUGCUUGAAUCAUCUGUAGAUGUUGAGAAUAAUGGAUGUGAGAAGCCAGUGAAGAAGAGAAGAGGCCGUCCAAAAGGAGUGCUCAAUAGCACUAUCAUGGAACUUCAAUUACUACCUAAAUCUCCUAUGAAACUCCGUAGCAAAAAUCCAACUAGAUCAUCAAUUUUGUCACAAAAUGGUGAUGCAAAUUUAGAGAGAUCCCUCCCUGAAGUUGCUCAAGAAGACAUGAGAGAUGAUAUUUCAAGAUCAGAGACCAUUCAAUCAGACAUAUCUUCAGCUUUUAAAAGAGUUGAAACUUUGAACCAGAGGACACUCAAAUCAAAUCAACUAUCAUUGAAUCAGCAAACAGAUUUGAGGGCAGCAUCUAACUCUUCAAAGAUAAGACCUGCAGAAAAUGAUGUACCUGCUCUGGAUCUAUCCAAAUUAUUCUGCAAAAAGUUCUAUCCAAAAUUUGGAAAAUCUUUGUUACUAUCAACAUCUGCUAGAGGACUUUGUGAUUCAUCCCAAGAAAAGCAGAUGCAAUCAAAAAUUGCAGAGACUGCUGUGGCACCAGCCAAUAUGAUGAAGUCACAAUCCAAUAGCUUCAGAUUUGAUGAUGGACCAUCAUCUUUUUCUGAUUAUACGGAGCCUUGGGAUUAUUCUUCAGAUACCUGCAUGGUACCCAAUGAAGAGUCAGAAUCUUCAUUAUAUGAUGAGGUCAUAGACCAAGCUAUGGACACCAACAUCAUAUUUCAAAACACCUCAACAUCUAAUUUCAGGGAUAUCUCCUUAGAGAUAUCAGAAGAUAUUAUAUUUUCUUCACCAACAAUACAAGCUGACUCUUCUCUUUCCUUGCCUGUGAUGGAGGAUGAGGAAUCACUCUUUAUUCCUUCUCCAUCUUUGUCUAGCCAGCAAGAAUCAGCUCAAACAUCAUUGAUCACCAGCAAAACAUCUAAGGGCACUUUGAUUUUUAUCAAAAGCCUUGAUGAGAGAUUUGUCUAUGAUUCAGUCACCUUUGUACCCAAUGCACUCAAAUCCCAAGCAAAAGCAAAAGCAAAAGCAAAAAGCAAAGGAAAAGGAAAAGGAAAAUCCAAGGAUCUGUCUGAAUCUAUCCAGUCUUCUCAAGGGAAUCAUGAAAUACCAUCCAAGUCUAUAUCUCAGAUUCAGAUCAGAAAAGAGAAGGAAAAGAGAAAGAUGGUGAUCUCAGAUGAAUCAUCCAUGGCUGAUCCUAGUUCUAGCAUCAAGUCUAUGACCACCUUGACAAUGCCUGCAAACAUAUCAAAGGUGGCUAAAGCAUGUCAAAAAGCACAAGCUUUAUCUGAGUCUAAGAGUUUGAUGUGGAAUGAGAAGUCAGAUGAGCUACAAAACAACAUUAAGCAGCAAAUUAGGAAGGCAAUGACCUCUAAGGAUGUCCAAAAACAAAUCAAGACUGAUAUGGAUAUCAUAGUCCGAUAUGUCUACUGGAUGAAAAACCAGAAAGAUACAGUCAAGCUUUCUAAAGAGCCUAAAAUUGGGUUCAAAGUACUAUUUGUACUCUUAGAAAUGAAGUCUUAG